UAAGCAGAUCAGCCCAAUCCUUGAAUGGGUUAAAGUCCCAGAGGCCCAAUUCGUUUACCUUCUUAUUCCUUCGUCUCUACCCCCUACUCUCUCUCUCUCUCUCUCAAGAUCUACCCAAACUCCAAGUCUACCUCCAAUCAUCAAGAAGUAAAAGGGGAAGAAAGGGGGGAAAAAAUCAAGAAUAAAAAACAGAAAAUAGUGAAGAAAAAAAAACACUUGAAAAUGAUGUCACCUAAGCAACCAAGGUCGGAUCCCCGAGGAGCUCGUUCGACUUCAGUCAGGCAAACUCCUUUACAAGUAAUACAUGUUAUUGGCAAUUUCAUGAGAAUAUGGUCCGUCUAUUCCAUGUACCACUAUCUAUCGCAGCAAGGGGAUCAGGCAGUGGUUUUCCUGUUCAGCAGUUUGGUUCCCGCUUCCAUCAUCUUCCUAGUGCUACAGAAACCAUGGAAGGGGAGACCACUUGCCAAUUCACAGGUUGUUCCUUCUAUUAUUAAUGGUGGAAUUAUGUCAUUAUACUUCAUAUUAUGGGGAAAAGGACUUUUGUCAUGUGGGCCACUUGUUGCUCUGCUGGCGGAGUAUGCAGGUGCUGUUCUUGGAGUGUUAUCUGCUGUAUUAUAUGGGAGGCGGGUUAACGGAUGGAAGAAGGUUGGCGGACUUGUUGCAAUGCUAACAUCAUUUUAUUUACUAUCUAGAGGAUGGGCCACAAACACAAAUUCACCUUUCUAUAGAACUGCUUCGGAGCAAUUGGUACAGGCAAAACAGACUCUAGGAAUUCAAGAAAUGGCAGUUUCCUUAAUAGCUUCUCUUAUUUUUCAGAAUCAGCUUAAAAGGAGACUUCAUGCAGUAACUGUUGCUUCAGCUACAUGUUUUCUUUUUCCUCUGGCCAUGUGGGAUACGAUCUUGGGCACAUCAUCUGAUAGUAUUGUUAAGUUUCAGCUUCCAAGUUGGCCAUAUUUGAGCAUGUUUUUGUUUGGAAUUGUCUUCAUAUUCUAUGUUGACAAUGUAGCCGAGGAAAGGUUGCAUCUUGUUUUCUCAUCUCCUAGGCAUUUAAUGGUUGCUGGAGGAUGCAUUAUUCUAAUGGAGCUAGCAUACAAUAUGGAUUUCUCUUUAGUUGGUUUUCUAAUUUGUUCUUCAAUUUUGGGAUUUGGUAUAUUUCAAGCAACUUCCUUGCAACAGUCCAAAAGGGGUCCUUUAGAUAAUCAUGAAAUGUCAGAUGGAGCUUCUCAAGAUCAAUUACAGAUGUCGCCACUUCCAACAUGAUGAAGCUUGCACAGGGCUCGAUACCUGUAACUAGAUGGUCAGUCCCACAGCUGGACAGGCUUCAGUCUUUCGGUGCACAUUAUAUGACAUCGCUUUUUUCCCAUAACCAAAGUUUAUCAGAAAAUUUGUUAUGUGUACAGCAGCUAACCUCAAGAAAGAAGAAAACAACUGUAGCAAUUUCAAUAAUCUUAUUACCAUUGUACUUGGCGUGUUCAUGUAUAUUUCUGCCACCCCUUCAAUAUAUCUGUUGCAUGUUCCUACA